AUGAAGUCGUGUGAAAUAGAAAUGGAGCCUGCAUUGCCUGAUACACUGAUUGUGCGCCGUCUACCGGAAUGUCUAACAGAGCGAGAUUUGAACGGUCUGUUCCAAUUUUUUGGUGCCCAAACAGUGAAAAAAGAAGAACCAAAAGGAAGACAGAGGAGUAGCACCAUUAUUGUCAAGUUCAGCUCACAUGAAGAUGCUUCAUAUGCAUUAACUCGCUUGCACCAGCUACUAGUCUUGGGUAAAAGGAUUGUUGCAGAAUAUGCAGAUUUCACAAUCCUGCCAGACAUACCACAGACUAAUUCUCUACCAAAACAGCUUAAGGAGGAAAAUUUUACAAAAUACCCUCCUGCUAAUGAACAUGUAGUGAACAAUAUUGUGGCUGAAUUGGCACGAAAUGAUGAUUUCUAUCAAAAAGUGCUGCAGCUUAUGAAAAGUAUGAACCUACCUCCCCCAUUUAUUCAUACAUCAAACCAGCCUGUUACUAUAGUGGAGCCAUCAGAUAUUGAAGAAGUUGAAAUGGAAGAGCUCUACAAAGAAGAUACAGAAGAAUCAGAAUUGGAAACUGAUUUUACUAUAACUGGUGACAAAGAAGUAAUUCCUGAGAUAAGUGUGAGGCGAAAAAAACGAAAACAAUUGAAAAGAACAAACACACUUAAACUACUCACCAAUCCAACAACUAUUUCUACUAAAGUGAAGCCAGUAUCCUCAUCUGGUCAAACAGUCUCAGAAAUAUUUGAGCAGAACGCGUUAGCUUCGAACAAAAAACUGGAAUUCAAAAUAUCAUCCGAAGUUCUUCAGGUUAACGAUCAGCCAUGCGAUUCACAAAAAGAUAAUACAGGAAGUUUUGGAACAUUUGCCCCGCUGCCUGCUAGCCCCAAAGAAAAUGGGCAGCAAAUACUGCUUUCGGAAAAUCAGUCUGAUGACGACAAUUAUGAAUUCAUUUCAAAAAGAAAACUUCAAAUCAACAGACUUCAAGAAGAAGAAAUGAAGCUACUUCCCGUUUUCAAGAACUAUUCGGCUGGAGUUCCUGGUUCACGGCUCUACGUGAAGAAUUUAGCGAAAACCAUUAAAGAAUCCGAUUUGAAGCACAUCUUUGGUCGUUAUGUCUUAUGGACUUCAGAAGAAGAACGCAACAUGUUCGAUAUUCGCCUUAUGACUGAAGGUAGGAUGAAAGGUCAGGCUUUUAUCACCCUUCCAAAUGUAGAUCGAGCCAGAGAAGCCCUUAACGAGACGAAUGGAGUUAUGCUGCAAGGUAAGCCCCUUGUUGUUCAUUUUGCUCGCUCAGCACAGACCAACAUCUCCAGUGGUACCACUUGAUCAUCAGCAAUUCGGUCAAUUUAUUUUUUGAGCAAAUAAAAAUAAAAAAUGAAAAAAAAAAAAAAUUUAACAAGUCAUAUCCGUAUCGAGUAAAAUUGCUACGAUAAUCGGAAACAUACAUUUUCUUGGACGAUCUGCAAUAUGUUAGGAAACGACGACGUAAUUGGCCUUA